AUGUUUUAUGUGAUUCUGUUUCUUCUGUGGUUACCAUCUGUAAAAUCUGUUCAAAUAUGGCAAAUCAAUGAAAACCAGAAAGACUUAACAACUUAUGGUGACAUGAUAUUGACUCCAAGUCAAAGACAGCGUUAUGCUCAUAAAGACAGCUCAGUACGACAUUUGUUCAUCAAAGAAACGACCGUUAACCGGUGGCAGAACAACACUAUACCCUUUGUUGUUUCUUCAAAAUAUUCAAAACAAAACGCUGAAAUUAUUUUGGAAGCUUUGAAGUCGUUCGAAGAGAAGACUUGUUUCCAAUUCAAACCCAGAGUUUCUGAAAAGGACUAUCUUUUCAUUGAUGCACUAGAUGGAUGUUACUCUUAUGUCGGAAAAACAGGAGGUCGACAGUUGCUAUCAUUAUCCGAAGAUUGUUUAGCUGAUUACAUCAUCUGGCAUGAAGUGAUGCACGCCAUAGGGAUUGAGCAUGAACAUCAAAGACCAGAUAGAGACAAAUAUAUUCGAGUUGUUUAUGAAAAUGUGGAUAUGAGACAAAUAGCAAACUUCGAUAAACUGGCUGAAAAUGGAGUGGAAUAUACGGACAAGUAUGAUUAUCAAUCUAUCAUGCAUUACGAUGGAUUCGCGUUCGGUAAAGUAAUGCAUGGCCAACGAUUAGUUACCAUGUUACCGUUAGCUAGAAAUGUUCGAUUGGAUGACAACAUGAAACUAUCAUUUUUGGAUAUCAAAAAACUCAAUAGAAUAGGGAAAUGCGAUAGCGAAAAGGAACAAUCGAAUGAACUUUGUGCAGAUAAGGACAACUCUUGUAACUCAAUGAAAAACAGAGGACUCUGUGAGAUGUCUUUCUAUCGGUCAACCAUGCUUAAAUUGUGUCCUCAUUCAUGUGGAUUCUGCUCACCGCCAGCACGAUUGCAUAAAACUACUUGUGAAGAUCGCGAUGUGAACUGUGAAUCGUAUGCAAGAAAUGGAUUUUGUUCCGAAAAGUUUUAUAAAACUAUUCAUGAAGUUAAAUGUGCCAAGACUUGUGGAUACUGUUAA